AUGUACCGCUGCGUGUGUGUGUCGCACCCGGAUGACUUUUUGCAGUGUAUUGUUUGGCGAGAGAAGUCCACGGAUGAGUUGAGUGCUUACAAAUUGAACACGGUGACUUAUGGUACCAAGCCAGCUGCCUUUUUGGCUAUAAGAGCCAUGCAUCAGCUCUCUUAUGAUGAGGAGGAUUCGUUUCCAAUUGGAGCAAAAAUUGUUCGUAGGGACUUCUACGUGGAUGAUUUAAUCUCUGGUGGCGAGUCAAUUGAAGAGGUUAGGGAAAUUCGUCGUCAGGUGAAGGAGCUAUUGUCGCGAGGCCAUUUUCCAAUCCGCAAAUGGUGUUCUAAUGAUGGACGCGACCUCGAAGGAGAGUCUGACUGCGAUAAGGAGAAGCUAAUUCAAUUUCACGACGGAUCAGCUGUUACCAAGGCGCUGGGACUAGCCUGGGAUCCAACUUCUGUUCAACUUUUCUCAAUUAUCUGUAAAUCAUCGAGUCACCAAGCAGCAAAAUCUUCACCUUCAAGGAACAGUGUUACCGUUGAGGAGCUCAAUUCGGGGACCGUACUUCUUCUGAAGAGCAUCCAACAGGUUCACUUAGCCAAGGAGUAUGGAUGUCUUAGCCAGGACAGGCCGUGUCCACAGAAGAGCAAGCUGAUUUCGCUGAGACCAAUAAUCGGCUUCGAUAGAUUACUUCGCGUUGGUGGAAGACUUCAGAAUGCAAACCUGGACUACGAUACGCAGCAUCCGAUAUUGUUACCCAAGGAUCAUCCAGUUACCAAGGCAAUAAUCAUAUAUUUUCAUAGAAAAUACUUGCACGCAGGAUCGCAAGCGUUACUUGCCACAUUAAGGCAAAGGUAUUGGCCAAUUGGAGGACGAAAGUUCGUAGCUACCGUCAUCAACAAAUGCGUCAGAUGCAGAGGCCCGCAACAAGACGCCGCACAAGUGCUCCAUCGCCGCUUCUCUACCAAGGCCACGCAUUUGGAAGUCGUCCAGGAUCUCACCAGCCUGAGAGGCACUCCGCGCACUAUUUGGAGUGACAAUGCGACGAAUUUUGUCGGCGCUAAGAGCGAGCUAACCGAACUGAAGAAUUUAUUUCUGAGCGAACCCCACACGGCUGCGAUAGCUUCCUCCUGCUUAGCUGAUGGGAUUGAUUGGAAGUUCAUACCUCCGCGUGCCCCACAUUUCGGUGGUUUAUGGGAGGCGGCUGUUAAAUCUGCCAAACUUCAUUUUUAUAGAGUCGUCGGUGCUUCCAUCUUGGGCCUCGAUGAAUUGAGAACUCUCGCUUAUGAGAUUUCUGCCAUCCUUAACUCCCGUCCACUCUGUCCAAUUUCAGAAAACGCUGAAAGUCUUGAGGUACUAACGCCGGCCCAUUUCCUGAAAGGCUCCAGCUACACAAAGUUUCCUGAGCCUGAUAUCACGCAUCUCCGAGAAGGCCGCCUCAGCAGAUGGCAAAGGGUGACACAGAUGCAGCAGCAAUUCUGGAAGCGGUGGAGCAGCGAGUAUUUAUCCUUGCUCCAAGAAAGGAGUAAGUGGCGCGUCGAAAUAUCCAACAUCAAGGUCGAAAGCAUCGUGUUGCUGAAGGAGGACAACCUUCCACCCUUAAAAUGGCAGCUGGGGUGCAUCCAAGGAGUCGUUCCAGGCGAGGACGGUGUCGUCAGAGUAGCUAUGGUCCGUACAGCUACGGGUCUAGUCAAGAGAGCCGUCGCCAAGCUAGCCGUUCUGCCCAUCGAUUCCCAUUUAGUUGGAGCCCUACUUCCUCCAACGGGGGGAGUAUGUUCGGAACAGCCCGCCAGCGCCUAG